UAAGAAUUCAUAAAAUGGAUCAGGGGUCUGUUUUAUUGGCAAAAAUUAAUAUUUCUGUCUUGUGUAGCCUGACUUUUAAUCUCAUUUUAGUAGUAUGUCUUUCAUUGUAUUAAAUGAUAUUAAGAAAAAUCCAAUAAAACCAUAAACAACAUUCUAGAAAACGCUCGAAUAUACUAUUUUAAAUUAUAUUCGUGUUUUUCUUUUUUCCAUCAUGCACCUCAUGUGGCAGGGUUUGGUUUAUGCUUCGCAAACUUGGCACACCGACCCAUUCUUUCAUGUAUAGGCCAAACUUUACGGCUUACAGUUUUUUGAGUGGGAUGAGCUUGUCAUAAAACUACAUGAGGGACCCCUCACCUUAGUUACAUAAUUCUACAUGACCUUCCAUUGAAAGGGUUAAAGGUUGUUUAUUUGAUGUAUUUUAGAGUUUAUCUUAGUUUGAGUUCAUUUUUAAUAGUAUGGUAAUUAAAUAUUUAUUAUUUAUUACUUUACAUAUAUUUUUAUAUUCAAGGCUUUUUUAUUGAUUUUUUUAGGAGGUGUCUGGUUGGCAGGGGGACAGUCAGUCCCUGCCAGGAAGCUUCAGCGGGCUAGGCUUUCAGCCUUCCACUCAGGACAAUCCACCAGGGAGGAACACUGCUAUGGUAGACCCAUACUCGAGACGGCAUCAAUGCCCAAGUUGCUCUAAGGCUUUUGUCCUUGGCACCGACUUGAAGCGCCACCUUCUGGUACACACUGGGUGACCGAAGAGAGCCGGGCAGCAGCCUCAUUGAUGAGGUUGGUCUAAGUGGAGUAAGCUCUCGCUGGAGACUCUUGAUCAACCCCAAACCUGCUGCUGAAGGGGUUAAAACCUUCAACUGCAGAUACUGUGGCAAAAUCUUCACCGACUCUUCUAACCUCCGUCGACAUACAAUGAUUCACACUGGGGAGAAGCCCUUUAAGUGUCCGCAGUGCAGUCACUCCUCAAAUAGAAAAGGAAAUCUUAUUGCACAUAUUAUGUCAGUGCACAGAAAACUAUCCGAGACAGUGUAUAUUUCAACUGAUCCAACUUUAAGCAAACAAAAGUAGUAUGUGUGUGUGUGUGCGCGCGCCCAUCCAUUAAUUUGUACCACUGCCAAGCAAUAUGGGCAAAAACGGUAAAAACUACAAUAUUGGAGCCGAACAGCUUGGGAAUGUAUGCAAAGUUUGUGGGAAAGUAUUCAACGGAAGGAAUUGGAAACAAAAUCUUGAGUAUCAUUUUCUAACACACACUAAAGAAAAACCUUUUAAGUGUCCCAUUUGUCCGCACAGAUCAGCUUUAAAAUAUAACUUAAUUCGUCAUAUUCGUAAUAGACACCACGAUCUUUUGACUUCGGUGUUACAGAAUAGACCAUCUGAGAGGGAUUGUACUGAGGAACUUGGCAUGUUGGCUAGCCAUAGUAACCAGUCUUCUUCAUAUCAGGAGAGUGAAGUAUUGCCAGCCCUUAGGACUGAAAUAUCUUCUAAUUUGGAAAUUCAGAUUCCACACACACUCGGAAAUCAUAGAUCCGCCAGUCAGGAUGUUCAUAUUACUUCAGAUAGGGAAAUAACUACCACCAUUCAGUUAAACCUAAAUCAAGAAAGUAACUUGAACUCGAAUCGUGAAGUUUGUGCACCAUCUAAUCAGGAGAUUAAUAUUCACCAAAAUAGAGAACUUAACAUGGCUCUCAGUAGGGAAACUAAUGUACAUACAAAUCGAAUGAUUGAUAUUUUUUCAUCUCGGGAAGUUACUAACACGAUCAAUCGUGAGAUGAAUGUGCAUAAUAUUCAUGAUGUUGGCAUUCCUUUACACCAGGAUACUCAAGUAUACUCUAGUCAGGAAAUACAGAUGCUAUCAAAUCAACAGAGUCAAAUGACACUAGACCAAGCAAGUCAAAUUCAUCCCAAAUAAUUCACUUCAGGGGAAAAAGGCUAAUAAUUUCAAGCUACACUUCUUCUUGCAGCUGAAAUUUUCUAAGUGUCCUGCUGUUCCUAGAAUGUAGAGUAUUGGUGCUACUGUUGCAUGUGAUACGUGAAAAACGUUCUGAGUAGGUUUAUGUG